AUGUUAAGACUAUUAUGUGUUGCCUCUGCCACCUUACUUCUUGUGUACUGGAUUACACUUGCAAUCUACAGGCUGUGGUUUCAUCCGCUGGCAAAGUAUCCUGGACCAUUUCUGGCAAGAAUCACUCCGGUAUAUGCUCUUCCGAUUGAACGGUUCUU